GAUAUACUCAAAGUAACAACAGUAAGUGCCUAUCAAUCUGUCAUUUAGACAACCGUGAUAUAUGAAUGUAAAACAUGGAUACAUGCAAAAAUAGUAGAGAACUGGAAAGCAAAAAUUAUUUUUUGAGAAAUUCAAUUACAAAAACUAGGUAUGAGAUGAAUAACAAAUAGGGGAAAAGGUGAGAAUUAAAUUGGAAACCUAACACAGUAAAUGUAGUUGUACUACGCAGUCUACUAUUUUAACUUCAAAUUAAAAAUAGAAUAUGAAUAUUUAUGGUGGUGAGAUAAUUCUUAGGAAUUUUCAAUAUUCGCAACCAUUGUGUAUUACAAAUUUGUUGAAACUUAUAAACUUGAAUCAGAAUCAAAUACCAAAAUUUUAGUAAAUUAUUACUGCCGAGGUUAAGUGUGGAAAUGUUAAAUAUAUUGAAAAAUCUCAAUGUUGAAAAGUAAUAAACUAAAAUGAAUAUAAUUAUCAAAAGUCAAAGGUUAUUUUUCACUAUAUAGGUAUCUGUGUGGUUUAUUCACUAACUCUAUGAAUAUUUUUUUAUAUUAAUGACCUUAUAUCGUUUUUAGCUGUAUCCAUAGAGUUACAGAAGAAAUUUAAUUUUAUAUUAAAAAUAAAUUAAUCAUUCCAAUAAGAUUCGAUUUUUUUUGCAUUUUAUUUUUUACAGAUUUCUCAGAAUUUAGAUUUCAUCUUAUAACUAUUUUAUUUAUUACCAAAUCAUUUUAAUGUUAAAUGAAGGAUUGAAUUGAAAGUGGGACAUGAGGAUGGGAUCUGAAAAUAUCUUGAGUUAUAAGAAUUAUUAUGGUUGCUUAAAGGAUUCAAUAAUGCAAUUUAUGUUCAGAAACGGUGUGACACGCAUCUAGUAAAUAAUAAUUUAUCACUUACCUCAUUAAAGGCCAUAUCUGAAGGUAGGUAGCUCGGUAGUUCGAUGGCCUUUCACCCAAAAGAUGUCAAACACAAUCUUUUUUUCUUUAUGAAAUAUUUAUACAAAAGAUCGAACUACUUAUAUAACAGGCAACACUCAUCCCUCGAACAGAUCCUAAUUUCUAUGCGAUUCAUUUGGUAAAAGACCCAUUUGUAAACAACAAAAAAUUUACAUUCCUCAGGUGAGCUAAGUGAACACACCUUUUGACUAAUCACUAACUGAAUUAAACACUAUAAUAGACUCAGGAAUGUAUGAAUGUUAAUGAGAUAAGGAACUUAAUUAUUUAAUAAUGAGAUUUACGACGAUUUUCACUUAUUUUCCAGGAACAAUUGACAUUUCACACAUAACACUUGUCAGAAGAAGCCAUAUGCAUUUUGCAUUCUAUGACAUUACGAGAUGUCAUAACAUGACAUGACAAGAACUUUAAUUUCUGUAGUCAGUCAUGGUAGAUAAACAUAAUACAAGAAACAAUGACGUCAUUACAUUAACAUAUAUAAAAAUAAUUCGAUUAGAAGAUAAAAAGUUUCUAUUUUUAUACUUAAUUCAUAAUUACACAAGAAAUUUUGGAAUAUUUGUGAAAGAAGAAGAUAACCUUUUUUCUCUAUGUUAAUUAUGAAUAUUUGGAAAAUUAACAAACUUAAAUCUUGUAAGACUAAUUUUAUCCUAAAAAAUGGCUGGAGAAGUUGUAGUAGAUGCUUUACCAUAUAUUGAUCAAGGUUAUGAUGAACCAGGAGUCAGAGAAGCGGCAUUUGCUAUGGUUGAAGAGGAAUGUCGAAGAUAUCGACCAACAAAAAAUUACUUGGAACAUUUACCUCCUCUCAACAUAUCCUCUUUCGAAACACCAAUCAUGCAUAAUGAAUUCGAAAGGUUACAGAACAGAUUACCAAUGGAAACACUAUCUAUGAAACGUUAUGAACUACCACCACCACCAAGUGGAAAAUUAAAUGAAGUAGGAGCUUGGAAUGAAUGUGUCGAUAAUUCCCAAGCACAGUUGGAGCACCAAGCAGUUAGAAUUUUAAACUUGGAACUUAUGUUAGAAUAUUGUUGUCCGGCCUGGAAAAGGUAUCUACAAACUCUAGCUGACUCAGAGAAAAUAGCUUCCAAGAAGUUGAUGGAAUUAAGACGACAAUUACAACAAGUAAAUUGGCAGAGAAAAUCGUUGCAAACAAAAGGUGGAGAUCAAUUAAAGGCACUAGAAGCUAAAUGGGUGGCUCUGGUGUCUCAUAAUUAUGAAAUAGAGCAAGCGUGUGUCAUGACUGAAGAGUAUUUAGCUCAAAUCAAACAAAAUCCUAAUAUUCACCAUAAACUUCACGAAUCAAUCAGUAAUUGAUACUAUUUUUUUUAUUCUCAAAUAAUUGUGUGUCUAAAUGUAUAAUUUGGAGAUAUGAUAGGAAAUAAAAGAAUUUAUUUUACUUUUUUAUAUAUGCAUAUAUUUUAUUUCAAAGUCUAUAAACCAACAAAUGAUAACUCAAAUUAUAAAAUAGUAUAUAAUCUAUCAUAUGUUGUAAACAGGAGUACCAUCUUUAUUCCAAGUAUUUUUCACUUUUUCAAAUGCCAUUGUAAUGUAAAGAGCUGAAAUACAACAUAUAUAAGAAAUAUUUAUAUAAAAAUGGAUUGAAGAUAUAUCAAAUUCUCCAUAAUGUAUGUUUUAUCGAAAAAAAUUUAUUCUUAUUCUUGAUAUAUUUUGGAAUUUAUCUUAAUUCCACACUGAUACUAUUUAAUGUAAUAAUAUAUACAAAAUAAUAAAUAAAUAAAUAUCUUUAUUUAGCACUUGGCAACUUAUAACUAAAUUAGAAACAUUACAAAAUCAACUUUGAUUGCACAAAUAUGUAAACAGUCGUUUACUAAAUUUAUAUAUAUUUGGUACAUUUUCAAUAUCAUCACUCAAUUCAUUAAAAGAGCGAAGCCCUUCAUAAAACAGUGUUUUUUGCAAUGCUGAGGUUCGUACAAUGUCGUGAUUAUAGUUUUGUUUGGAUCUAACAUAAUUAUGAAACUGCAGUCGUUUCUUUAUGUAUGCAUAAAUACUCUAGCAUUAGGUUAUGUUCAAUUUUAUAUAUUAAAAGGAUAUUCGCUCUUUUAAUGUUCUGCUCAACAGUUAGCCAAUUUAGAGUUUCAAGCAUGUAAUCAAUUGGAGUGUAUUUACUACAAUUUAACAGAAUACACAUGAUUUUGUUC